AUGCUGCCUCUCAGACCAUCAAAGACCGCUCUGCGGUCCAUUCACAUCCAGAGGCAACUUGCCUCUGGACGCCGGCCCUUCUCGACUUCGUUUGUGGCUUCGGCUGCGUCGCCCCACCGCUCUUCUCCUCAGAAGCGUGCCUCGAGCACCGCGACGGCCACCACAACCCCUCGCCCUGUGCCUAGCCCUGCCUUCAAUCAAGAACCCCAUCGCAAUGAGGUUUCGCCUCUUCAGAACCGUCAGCUCCCUGAGCUUGAUGACUCGAUGGUCGGAAUGAGCGGUGGUGAAAUCUUCCAUGAGAUGAUGAUGCGUCUUGAUGUGAAGCACGUCUUCGGUUACCCCGGUGGUGCCAUUCUUCCCGUGUUCGACGCCAUUUACAACUCCAAACACUUCGAUUUCAUCCUCCCCAAGCAUGAACAAGGUGCUGGCCACAUGGCUGAGGGUUACGCUCGUGCAUCUGGCAAGCCCGGUGUUGUUCUAGUCACCUCUGGACCUGGAGCCACCAACGUCAUUACCCCCAUGCAAGAUGCCAUGUCUGAUGGUAUCCCCAUGGUGGUGUUCACUGGCCAGGUAGUGACCAGCGCCAUCGGUACCGAUGCCUUCCAGGAGGCCGAUGUUGUUGGUAUCUCGCGUGCCUGCACCAAGUGGAAUGUGAUGGUCAAGUCUGUUGGUGAGCUUCCCCGUCGUAUUCAGGAGGCUUUCGAGAUUGCGACCAGCGGUCGCCCUGGACCCGUCCUGGUCGACUUGCCUAAGGAUGUCACCGCCGGCAUUCUCCGCAACCCCAUCCCAAUGCAGAGCACCAUUCCCUCUCUCCCCAGUGCGGCUACCAUGGCUGCUCGUGAGAUGAGCAAGCGGUCCCUUGAUACCACUAUCAGCCGCGUUGCCCGCCUUGUGAACAAGGCUGAGAAGCCUGUUCUGUACGUUGGUCAAGGUCUGCUUGCUCGUCCUGAUGGUCCAGAGAUUCUGAAGGAGUUUGCCGACAAGUGCUCUAUUCCUGUCACCACUACUCUUCAAGGUCUUGGUGGAUUCGAUGAGCUUGAUCCCAAGGCUCUCCACAUGCUCGGUAUGCACGGCUCAGCUUACGCCAACAUGGCUAUGCAGGAGGCCGAUCUGAUCAUUGCUGUUGGUGCCCGCUUUGACGACCGUGUGACCCUGAGUAUUCCCAAAUUUGCCCCGCAAGCUAAGUUGGCUGCCGCUGAGGGACGUGGUGGUAUUGUGCACUUCGAGAUUAUGCCCAAGAACAUCAACAAGGUUGUUCAGGCUACUGAGGCCGUCGAGGGUGACUGCGCUGACAACCUCCGUCUUCUCUUGCCCCAUGUCAAGCCUGUUGCUGAUCGUCCUGAGUGGUUUGAGCAGAUCAAUGACUGGAAGUCUCGCUUCCCUCUGUCGCUCUAUGAGCGCCAGGAAGUGGAUGGCCCGAUCAAGCCCCAGAACGUCAUUGAGAAGCUCAGUGAUCUUACCGCGAACAUGAAGGAGAAGACCAUUAUCACUACUGGUGUGGGCCAGCACCAGAUGUGGACUGCCCAGCACUUCCGCUGGCGCCACCCCCGUACCAUGAUUACCUCCGGUGGUCUUGGUACUAUGGGCUUCGGUCUUCCUGCUGCCAUCGGCGCUAAGGUCGCCCGCCCUGACUGCCUUGUUAUCGACAUUGACGGCGACGCUUCCUUCAACAUGACUCUCACCGAGCUCUCCACUGCUGCCCAAUUUGGCAUUGGCGUCAAGGUCCUUCUGCUGAACAACGAAGAGCAGGGCAUGGUCACCCAAUGGCAAAACCUGUUCUACGAUGAUCGUUACUCUCACACCCACCAGCAGAACCCCGAUUUCGUUCCUCUUGCCAAGGCCAUGCGCGUUGCCGCUGACCGCGUCUCCAACCCCGCUGAGGUCGAGGCCAAGCUGAAGUGGCUGAUUGAGCAGGAUGGCCCUGCUCUUCUGGAGGUGAUCACUGACCGGAAGGUCCCCGUCCUGCCCAUGGUUCCUUCCGGCCGUGGUCUGCACGAGUUCCUUGUCUUCGACGAGGCCAAGGAGAAGGAGCGCAAGGAUUUGAUGCGCAGUCGUAAUGUCGACUUUGCCGUACGCAAAUGA